UCGACAUCUUUAGUUGACCUCUAGGGGGCACGUGAACACCGCACUUUGUCCGACCGCAACAUUCGUGUUUGUGGGGCGUUAACGUCGUCUCCCCACCCCCUUUAAACGCGACAAAGCAGUCUCGGGAACGCAUGCAACUUCAGUUACACAACCGUACACUGCCAUUAGCCACUCGCACAACAACAGCAGCAGCAGCGGGUUUAAUUCACAAAGCCACGAUUUGGUUUGUGUGAGAUUUGAGUGGCCCCAGCAUGGGCCCUGCUGGCAGCGUUUUGCUGCGUUGCGCCGGGGUGGACCUUGGGGUUCAGUGGGCUCUCGGUCUGGUGGCAAUCGUCCUGCGCACAGAAGUCUUCUUUGAUGCCGCAGGUUCUGGUACAUUUCUGCUGCUUACGUACUUAAGCCGGAAAUGGAGCAGCACCAAAUUCCUGCGCCAGCAAAUCCAGAGUGGUCUCGUGUCCGUCUGGGGACUCCGGCUGGGUAUGUACCUAUUCCUGCGAAUCCUUCGCGAGGGGAAGGACAGCCGUUUUGACAAGGUGCGAGACAAACCGUCCAUCUUCUUCAUGUUCUGGACAUUGCAAGCUGUGUGGGUGUUCGUGACGCUGCUGCCCACGCUCAUCGUUAACACGAAGAAGCAAGACUCGCCGCUGACACUACGCGACUAUCUGGGUUGGGCCGUGUGGGUUCUCGGCUUCACCGUGGAGAUGCUUGCCGAUCACCAGAAGUCCUUCUUCCGCAGCGACCCCAAUAACGGAAAGUUUAUCCAAAGUGGACUGUGGGCAUACAGCCGACACCCCAACUACGUUGGUGAGAUCCUGCAGUGGCUGGGCCUCUUCGUGUCAGCCUCGUCGGUGCUGUCCGGCUGGGAGUGGUUGAGUGCCGCAUCGCCGCUGCUCGUGUGGCUGCUGUUGUCGCACGUGAGCGGCGUGCCCAUCCUGGAGCGGCAGGCGAUGCGGCGUUGGGGUCUCGAUCCCGCAUACCGCGCCUAUGUAAAGCGCACGCCCGUGCUCUUCCCAUUCAGCCCCUGGUGAUGACAAGUUUCCAGCAACAUCCCCACGGUUGUGGGGCCGUGGGCCAUUCCCAUGGGGAGGCACCCGCAGUGAUAAUGUUGUUUAUGAAUAUAAUGAUGGUAAUACUCAUCAAUAAAGUGUGUUUACGUUGCUCAAAGAUGAUUAUAAGUGGGCACAUAUCAUUCAGCAUGACUGACUUGUGAUCUAAAGACCAAAACAUGACUGAACAUGAAAAGAUGAAAUUAACUAGUCUGAAAAUGAAGACUUAAGAUAAUUUAGUAAUUUUAGUUGAGACUGCAGUGCAUUAAGGAUUGAGGAAAGCAAAAAAACUGUAAUUGGCUAUGUAUGGAAACAUUUAUAGAGUUCACUGAUUGACAUAUUAUCAGGGAGGUAUUUGCACACCCCUCAAACCAAUAUUGAAUAACUAAGACUGUUUUAAGUAUUUUCUUACUGCGAUAAUAACUUGGUUGAUGAAAAUAAAAAAAAUGUUGCCGCUA